AGCCGGCGAGCUGGAAACGGCUCCACCUCCAUUGGAAUGGAAUGGACAAAAGCCAGUUUGAAUACAAAAUUGAAUACACAUUUGGACUGCCAUUAUCACACACACACACACACACAGAAAAGAAAAGAAAAGAAGAAAAAAAACACCUCCAAUAUAUAAAUAUAUCUCCCGGUUGGAAUUAAACUCCCACGGCAUAAAGGGAACCGCCGUGCAGUAUGCCGAACUGAUUGAGUGAACCCAGCUUGUUAUAACGAAGCGAGAGGUAUAGAAACCGCUAAUAAUAAUAAUAAUAAGCCAUAGGAUGACAAUGAUGGUAUAUUUUUGUGUGACACAAAUUGGCGAUCACGAGCCACCGUCCCACGCUUGCAGUUCAGCUAAGAAUCAGCCCCGAAGAGUUCAAAUUAAUAAGGUAUCGGUUAUUUGCUGUUUUCUUUUUUAAAGAAGAAUUGUACAGGACUCGACAUCUCAUGCUUUCAGUGUUGAUGUAAAGGGGCUAUGAUGUAUACGACCUGACGUAAACGAAAGAAAACAGCAUAACCUGCACUAUAUGCACACAAGGAAGACGACCCGUGGAUUGAGAGAGAAGUGACGCUAACAGGCAGACAGACCAUUCUACUGAAAGCUAAGCGUUUGGACUGUCGAGACUGAUCAUGGCCAGAUUGCGCAAGAAAGCUUGCGUUGCCCUGUUUCUGUUUACCUUGUUCAUUUUUGGGACCAUGAUGGGCUUGAGAACAUUAAAGCCCAGUGAUGGCUUUUCGGAUUUAGCUCCGGGACUGAAGUUACUGCCGGUUGCUGCUGAGAGAAUGGACAGGCGUUCAGUCUCCAGCGAAGUCGUUGUGUCUCCUAUUCAUGUUCACGCUAUAACUGACACCAAAGUUGUCUAUACGAAUUCCAAUCCUGAAGGUGAUAUUUACUAUGACGUCCAUAUAUUUUAUUACACGUGGUUUGGCACUCCAAAAUUGGACGGGAAAUAUAUACACUGGGACCACGUCUUGGUGCCACAUUGGGACCCUAAAAUUGCUGCUAGCUACCCCAAAGGAAGACACACGCCUCCAGAAGACAUUGGCUCCAGUUUUUACCCCGAACUGGGACCUUACAGCUCCAGAGAUCCAGACAUCCUGGAAUCGCACAUGGAACAGCUUAAAGCUGCUGCAGCAGGUGUGUUGGUUCUGAGCUGGUAUCCUCCAGGCAUGGCUGAUGACAAUGGACAGCCGACAGAAGACUUGGUUCCAUCCUUAUUGAAUGCUGCACAUCGGCAUGGUAUCAAGGUAGCGUUUCACAUCCAGCCAUACAAAGGACGUACCGACCGCACUGUACAUGACAACAUCAAAUACAUCAUCGACAAGUAUGGAAAUCACGGGGCCUUCUACAGAUUCAAAACCAGCACUGGAAAGAUCCUUCCCCUGUUUUAUAUUUAUGACUCCUAUCUGACGCCCCCUGAAGACUGGGCCAACCUUCUCUCCUCCUCGGGAUCCCACAGUCUCCGUAAAACCCCCUACGAUGGCGUUUUCAUCUCCCUGAUCGUGGAGGAGAGACACAAGGACGACAUUGUGUCUGGAGGCUUCGAUGGCAUGUACACCUACUUCGCUUCCAACGGAUUCUCCUUUGGCUCAUCCCACCAGAACUGGAAGGCCAUCAAAACGUUCUGUGACAUCAACAACCUAAUGUUCAUCCCCAGCGUGGGCCCGGGGUACAUAGACACCAGCAUACGGCCUUGGAACAACCACAACACAAGAAACCGGGUCAACGGGAAGUACUACGAAACAUCUCUCCAGGCAGCGCUCAUGGUGAGGCCUGAAAUUGUCACCAUCACUUCCUUCAACGAAUGGCACGAGGGAACGCAAAUAGAGAAGGCUUUGCCUAAAAAGACUUUGACUCGGAUGUACUUGGACUACCUGCCCCACAAGCCUGAUUUGUAUUUGGAGCUGACACGGAAAUGGGCAGAGCAGUUCAACAAAGAGAAAGAACAGUGGCUGAUGUGAGAUUGUUUUGAGUAGCAUUGGUGUAGAAAACUCAGCGGCAGGAAUGCUCCCACAUGGCCUAUGCCUUUGAUUAACACGUUCAUUUAUUUGCUACACACACACACACACACACACACACACACACUCAUUCACUCACAUUUCAAAACUUGAAACUUGAUAUGAAUUAUAGUGAACUAGCAGUUAGUAAGACUGCAGGAAUACAAUUUUGUGGAUGUCAUCAACAGAGACAUGGUAUUUUUAUUUUUCAGUCCCCUGCUCACCAAUAUACAUUGCCUUGUCUGAUCUGUUCCAUGAACGAGACUGAAGAUUAGCAGUUUUAAGAUUUUUUAUUUCUUUCCUUGGUUAGUAGGUUAUCAAGGGGAAUAAGUCACUCUAACCCGUCAUAAUCCAUAUAUAUUUUUUUUGUUUCUGUGUUUUAGUUCCAAGGCAAAACAACACUACUAGCUGUGAACACAUGACCUGAAGAUUCAGAUGUCUGGUGCAGAAUAACUAGCAUUCAAAACUAAGAUCCUGCAGAACAAGAGUAAAAAAAAAAAGGAAUCAAACAUUUAUAAUCGGUUUCAUUUUAUUCUGAAACUAUUUUCAGAGACAUGUAUACUAUUUAAUUCAUUUUGUGCUCGAGGAAAGAUGCAAACCAAGACAGUGAGAAAGUCUCUGAAGAAUUUGUCACCAUUUUAAAAACUUUUGGCCGAUUAGCAUCAGGAGCAAGAAGUUAUCAGGAAAGGUGCAUAGCUUGAAGACUGUAAAGCGAGGUCUGCAGUACAUUGUCAUGGUGUGAGAUUAAUAGAUUUUCUGGACUGUGCAAUGAAUUGGAAACAUUCUAUUACUAUAAGACUAAUGGCAUAAUUUCAUCACUAGCCUGAAAAGGUUUAUUUAUUAUACUUAUUUAGCAUAUUGGUGGUUAAAAUAUAGAAUUUAUCUCUUCAGUAAUCAGAGGUAAUAAUUCUUCACCUAGCCUACAAGUGCAUUUCUGUUAUGCCGCUGUUAUAAAAAGCAGCAACAGUGCAUACAAAUGCAAACUCUUCAAUCACCUUUGCUACAGUUGUUGGUUUUGUCAUUUUGUAACAAUCCGAGGGCUACGCUUACAUGCAUUUAAAAAAUAGUAUUGUUCUUUAUCUGGUCUUUUCUUUCUUCUCAUUCUUUAUGAUGGUACGUGUACAGCAAUGGUUGGAAUUUUUAUGGUUUUAACUGUGUAUUGCAAUUAAAUAUGUAACAUAUACCAGUAACAAAAAACAUUUAUACAAGUUUUGUGAAAACCAUCAACUACUGUAUUUAUGUAACCGAUCCCGAGGGGGUUGUAUGUUUAUUUCAAGAAUAAAAGAGGAUAUCCUCCCCGUU